UCUAGAUAUUACUACAACUGAAAGUCACUAUCCGCGUAUAGAAGUUGAUUUGCUCAACCUUGUGAAUGUAUUUGAAAAGGGUGUAAUGUCUGAAGUCAUUUCUUACGAUUUUUUCAUCAGACAUCAGCAAGGACUUCUCCAACAACUUAACAAUGGCUUUGAUGAUGGAGACCAUCAAGACGCCAAAAUACGCCCAAAUCCAAACCGCGUACUGACGCAACCAUAG